AUGGAUCUGGACCUAAAUGUUACACUGGAAGAUAUUGAAGAUCUUGAAGAUGUAGUUCAUCCAAAAGAAGCUCAAGGUGAUCUAGGACAUGUAGAAGUUGCUGCAGUUGAAGUUCACAUAUCUGGUGGCAACACAGGACCAUCAACAGAAACUGAUGUACUUACUGGAAUUACCCUAUCUAGCGAUGAUUCAGGUGGAGAAGAUGAAGUUCAGUCAACUCCAAGUAGCCAGCCAACUGUUGAGAAACCAUAUCCAGGGAUGAUGUUUGAUAGUUGGGAGCAAGCUAGACUGCAUUAUAAUCGGUAUGCUAAGCAUGUAGGCUUUUCAAUAAAGUCUAGUACAUCCAGAAACUCUACCAUUGAUAAGGAGAAAGACAAAUGCCUAUUUGUUUGCAACAAAAGUGGGAAGAACCCUGAUAUCAAUAGGCUGGAAGCUCCACCAGUGAAACAAUGCAAUCGUGCAAUACCUGUUAAGACUGACUGCAAGGCACAUCUGCGAGUGAAAAGAAGAGGCAAAAAGUGGCAUGUAACAAUGUUUAUAGAAGAGCACAAUCAUCCAUGUCUCAAGAAAUUUUCUUUGAAAAGGUUCUUGAGAUCUCACAGGGGAAUCCCAAAGGAAGAAAGAGACUUCAUCAGGCUACUUCACAAGGUCAACCUGUCAGCUGGAAGACUGAUGUCUAUUAUGGCAGAGUUGUAUGGCAAGCUUGCUAAUGUUCCCUAUGUUACAAAAGAUGUUAGCAACUUCAUGGCAACAAUUGAUGUGCCAGAAACUCAGCAAGACAUGUCACUGUUACUUGCAGAGUUUGAUAAGGUGAAAAAGGAUGAUCCGCAGUUCUUCUCCAAAAUAGAUGUUGAUCAUGAUCACCGAGUUCGGCGGAUUUUCUGGGUUGAUGGGCCAGCAAGAGCUGCAUACAAGCUUUACAGUGAUCGUUUGUCUUUUGACACUACCUACAUGACAAACAUGUACAACAUGCCCUUUGCGCCGUUCAUUGGGAUAAAUAGGUAUGGUCAAUCAAUUCAACUUGGUUGUGGGUUCCUAAAAAAUGAAAGGAUGGAAGAUUUUGUUUGGCUAUUUGAGACAUUUCUUGAGGCGAUGGAUGGUUUGCAUCCAACUAACAUCAUCACUGAUCAGGAUGGUGCAAUGAGGAGUGCCAUUUUGACAACUUUUCCAAAUUCAUGCCACAAGAAUUGUAGAUGGCACAUAAUGCAAAAUUUCCAACCUGUGCUAGGAAAUGACAUGGCUAAGAAUGAAGAUCUACGGAGAGAGUUCAAUGAGAUCAUUGACCAUAGCAUGACAGAGGAUGAAUUUGAAAGAAGGUGGGCAGAAAUGAUCAUCAAGUACAAUGUAGGGGACAAUACACAUUUGGCGGACGUCUAUGAUCUGAGAUCCAGUUUUGUCCCUGCUUACUUCAGGGAUAGGUUCUUCCCAUUCCUACAAACUACAGCGCGUAGCGAAGGGUUCAAUGCUGUUUUGAAAAGAUAUGUUAGACCACACAACAGCCUCGUGCAUUUCUUCAAACAGUACAUGAAACUACAAGAGAAAAUAGAUGUUGCAGAAGAAGGUAAUGAAUUCGAAAUGGAAGACAAGACUCUAAGGAUGUGGGGAGAUUGGCCACUUGAGAAACAAUCUAUACAGGUGUACACCAGGCCCAUCUACCUGCGUUUCAGGGCUGAGAUUCGUAAAGUUACAUCUUACAAUGCAAAUCUAGUUGAGGGGCAUCUGUUUGAUGUUGUUCCAAUAACAUGA